AUGAAGGUAGCGACGAAUAAUGGUGAUAAUGAUAAUGUUGGUGACGAUGAUAAUGAUGGGGGUGGUAGUAAUGGUGAUAAUGAUGAUGGUGGUAAUGGUGAUAAUGAUGGCUUAAAUAGUGAUAAUGAUGAUCAUGAUGGUAGUGAUAAUCAUGAUGCUGGUGAUUAUGAUUACCGUGAUGGUUGUGGUGACAAUAAUCAUGAUGGUGGUUGUAAUUAUUAUCAUGAUGGUGAUGGUGGUGGUAAAGAUGAUGUUGGUGGUUAUGAUGAUGAUGAUAGAAGGGGUGAUUAUGAUUAUCGUGAUGAUGGUGAUGACAACAAUUAUAAUAUUGGUUUUUAUUAUUAUCAUGAUGGUGGUGGUGAUAAUGCUGGUGGUAAUGACGAUCAUGCUGAUGAUGGUAAUAAUGAUAAUGAUAGUGGUAAAUCAUGUUGA